AUGGACCAGCGAUUUUUCACAGAUGAAGAGAUCAAAAUCUCAAGACGACGGCAGCUUGAGAAUAAGGUCUUUAUCACGACUUCCGUGAUCUGGAUUUUGAUCUGCUGCUCGACUUUGUACAAAGAUGCUCUUGUUACGAUGGCGAGAGAGGCAGAGAAAGAGUUUGAUAGCAGCUACGAGUAUAUUUUUGAUGAAAAUGCGGAUUUGUAUGUGUUGCCAGAACAGUAUAUUGAAUCGACGGCGAAUAAACAACUGGAAGCUGUUGGGUUGAUGCAGAACAUUUCAAAUACAAACAACCUGCACUGCUCCGAAUCAACUCGAAUGCUCGUCAUCAUCAACAGUAACAUUCGCCGUGUCCAGCGCCGAGCUAAUAUUCGAACAAAUUGGACUUCAACAGAUCAAAUCGAGCGAGUCUUUCUUCUCGGUAUUCCUGCUGGUUACGAUACGCGCCAAAUACCGGCGUACAAAGAAAUGCAAAAAGAAGUCGAGAGACAUCAAGAUGGAAUAGUUCUCAAUGUCGUUGAAAACAGUGGGAACAAAACAAUCAAAGUUCUUGGCGGAACCAGAUUCGCCCGAGAAAGCUGCCCGGUUCCGUAUUAUCUGAUGGUCGAAGAUGACCUCGACGUGAACAUCACAGCCCUAGAAAGCAUGCUUGAAAAUCAAAAGCUUCAAAAUGGCUCGAUCUGGUGCUCGAAUCCAGUUCAAAAGCCACGAGUUCGUCGAGAAGGACGAUGGAUGGUACCGACAGAUGAAUUUGAGCAAGAAUAUUUUCCGCCAUAUUGCGCGAACGGAAAUUAUAUCUUGUCGAAGAUAACUUCUUCGUUGCUCUUUAAAACUGCGUUGCAGACGGAGAAUUUCAGAUUUCAGGAUGUUCAUAUUACAGGAAUUUUACGAAAGAAGUCGAAAUUGAUCGAUCCUAUAAAAAUAGAAGAACAUUACUGUGCAAAAAUGCCGAAAACUCCAACAACUGCCCUUGCUCUUCCAAACAUCGAGCUUCAAUUAUAA